AUGUCGCUAUCCCGGUUGUCAUUUUUAUACCCGCCAAUUUUCCUCAAACGCCUCCGCUUACCAAGCCCUACAUUCCCAGGUCUUGUAACACUCUCUCUCCCUCGCUCAUCUCAGAAAUCAUUGGCUUUCCUAAGGUACCGCCAUGGCACUGCUGUGGAGCCUAUUCCAAUAGCCGAUGCACCAAAAAAGGAUAUUAAAUCUAAUAGAGAAUCUCCGGAUCAGACACGGCCGAAAGAUGGAAGCAUAUCAAUACCCAGACUCGCUGGAGAAGGGACAGAAGCGCCAAUCAUUUCAAUAGAUGACUCUACGGUUCCAACAAAACCAAGGGCAGGUGGAAAGCCUGUUGAGGUGAACGGGAGUCAACCACAACCUGCUCAUCUUGCACCUCCACCGUUGGUCCACCAUUUCGAUACCUAUGGCUUGGCAAAGGGUCUGGAAAGCUCGGGCUUCACUAAGGGUCAAGCGGUUACAGUCAUGAAGGGAGUUAGGGGGUUGUUGUCCAAUAACUUGGAAGUGGCUAGGGAAAAUCUGGUGAGCAAGAGUAAUGUCGAGAACGAUUCGUAUCUCUUUCAUGCUGCUUGCAGCGAACUAAGAAAUGGGAUACAAAACGAACGUAAAACACAGAUUGACCAACUUCGGGUGGAGGGUGCUAGCAUACAGCAGGAGUUUGAUCUUUUGAACCAGCGGUUUCUGGAGGAAAUUAUGAGUUUGAAGGAUGAGCUGAACGGGCUAUUCAAUGAUAGGAAAAUGGUCACAAGAGCUGAGCAGAGGGCGAUGGAAAAUAAGAUCCAGGAGCUGAAUUAUAAAAUCACUAUCUUGAUUAAUUCGGAUGUGAGAUCCGAGAUCGAGAAACUGAGAUGGACCACUACCCGCCGUGGGCUCAUUGCUAUUGGCGCCCUAGCAGUUUUUGUCGUCGCUUUUAUAAAAUUUAGCAAAAGGGAGCACAGUGAGAAGAAAUGACACAAGGGCGCAGCGUCACCAAAGGAGAAGGAUAAGCUGAGCCACAAACGAGCUGGCGAAGCUCCUCGCGAUCACCUUGCGGAGACUUUGGCGAAUUCGGGGUAAAGGGUUCGGUGUGGGCCAUGUUUCUCUGGGGUAGGCAUUGAGGAUGAUAGCCUUCUCCAUUACUCCUCUCCGUUUUGUAGUACCAAUAUGAACUUUGCUGCCGUCCUCCAUA